CCACGCUGCAGGCCAAGCCCAACCUGGGAUUGGCGCUCAGCGGGGGCGGGUACCGGGCAGCAACCCUCUCGCUGGGAUGGGUGCGGGGACUGCACAUGCUCGGCGUGCUGCCCCACUUGCGGUACGUGAGCUCCAACUCGGGAGGCAGCUGGUUUAACGGGGCCAUGUCGUACGGAGGGUUCCCGCUGGGCCCUUUCUUGGGGCCCUACUCGCCGCCAGCCAACCUAAGCCGCGAUGCGCUGGGCUCCCCCUCGCUCCUGCCUCCCGGCUCAUUCGGGGACACACUGGCAAAGGAGGACAUUGUUGCGAAAGCGGUCAAGGGAGUCAUCAAGGACCUGUUCAAGCCUGGCCACAACUCCUUCAGCGGCUGGACGGCGGCCAUCGCUGCAGCCUUCUACGACCCCUACGGACUAGGGCUGCAGAACAGCAGCCUGACGUGUGAGGGCACCCGCGGGAACGUGAGCGCCCGGCUUGCGGCCGCCUACCCGGGCAUGCCGCUGUAUGCCGCCAUGAGCUCCCCGGACCGCCCCUUCCCCAUCAUACUGGGGUCCAUCAUGCGGGUGCUGACCGACCAGGUGUUCUACCCAUUCGAGGUCACCCCGCUGUACCUGGGCGACCCCGCCCGCAACACCACCACCUUCCCAGCGCUCGGCCCCGGCUUCGUGGAGCCGCUGGGGUUCAACAGCGCUCCGCCGGAUACCCGGCCCGUAGGGGGGCAGGCGGUGGGACUGCAGGGCACAGUGAACGUCACGCCCUCCAUGCUGGUGCCGCUGUCGACGUUCGUGGGCAUCUCGUCCAGUUUCAUUUCGCAGGGGGUGCGUCCGGAGCACAGCGCGAUGUACGCACUCACAGGAACAGAGCGGUUGCUGUACUGGAACCAGCUGGACUAUAGCGGUGCGAGGGUUCCCUUUGCGGACGGCGCUGGUGCUGACAACUCAGGCAUCACGCCCCUGCUGCGGCGCCGUGUGACGCACAUCGUAUCUUGUGCCUCAUCAGUCAAUCCCGCCAAUAUAUCGGCUGCUGAGUGGGCGAUAGCCCAGCAUGACGUGGCAAGCCUGUUUGGUGCCGUACCGCUCAACAUCACAAACACUAAGAAGUAUCGGAAGCACGGCAUCAAUGGGGUGCAGCCGGGCGUGUACAAUGCGGCUCAUCAGGUGUUUCCGCAGGAGCGCUAUGCCGAGUUGUACAACGCCUUGUACAGCAGUUUGUCAGCGGGCCGGCCUGCCGUACACCGCGCGUCGUACCCUGUCUUGGACAAUGCCGCCCAAGCCAUUACCGGCGGCUGGCAGGUGGAAAUGCUGUGGCUGUUCAACAUGCAGAUCAGCGACUGGGAGGAGCAACUGCCAGUCGACACACGAACCUUCCUCAACGAAAGCCGUUACAAAAAGAAGAGUGACAUGCGGCACUACCCCUACAUUUCCACCUUCACUGCCAACUACACGCCCGAGCUCGUCACCCUGCUGAGCCAGCAGGCCAGCUGGAGUGUGCUGCAAGCGGCCCCAGAG